CGACAUCAUGAGCUUUGUCGUCAACUCUCAGUAUGGGCGCGUCUCUCUGCUAGAUGGUCUAACUCCCGAUGAUCUCGGUCAGUCGGUGACCGGAUCAGCCCCUUGCAAUGAACGGGAAAUGACGUCAUGUACAUUAUCCUCUCCAUCUGCCAGAUACAAGUGCCUGGUGUGCUGCAAGAUCUUUUCAAGUGCUGGGCACUUAAAUCGACAUUCAACCAUGCAUACCGGUGUGAAGAGGUUCGAAUGCCCCUUCCCAGGAUGUGGCAAACAAUGCAGUAGAAGCGACAACCUCGUUCAGCACUUUCGGUUGCAUCUGUCAGAAAGCCUGCGGGCAGAAAUCAACUCUAUUGUCCGCGGCCUCAUGGAGGAUAUGCGGGCUAAAGAAACUCAGUCGCACAGCGCGAAACACGACGACGGCAGUUUGCGGCAACAGCAACCGAUGCUGACCUCGCAUUGCGAAUCCCCAGUCACUGUUCGUGGUCGAGCGAAACCAACGGCACUGCAGACCGGUCAUCGGUCUGCAAGCCUUAGCUCGACUAGUUCAUCAUCUCCCGGCCCCGCAUCACCACUACCCUUCCCUUGGGAACCGCCUGGCCGGAUGUCGGCAACACAAUCCCUGUCGUGGGACGAGCUGGGAAGCAACCGUUGGCCCUCGAAAAUCAAGAUAUCAUAUGCGCGGGCCGAGUGAUUGGAUACAAGCUCUUUCUUGCUUACCAAUCACAUAGACCCAUCGGUGGAUGUGCAACCCCACUCAUGAAAACGAUCGCUGCUCGCCCAUUCGUUACGGAAGCUCCCCGAUGUUUGAAAGAUCCGCAUCUACAGUGAUGGAGUCUUUUUUGUUUCUUCUUCAUGCAUGAUUACGCUCUGUAUCCAGUGUAGCUAAUUUGAACCGCAGCAGAUCCGCUCUCGCGCCCGCAUAUCAUCCCUUCCUUCGCGCUGACUGAUAUUCUGAGGACCGUUUAUCAUCCCUGUCGCCUUUGUUGGUCUAUCCCAAGACGCUGCGCGGUAGACAUUGCCUGUCGACGCCUUCGUUCUUCGUCGAGCGCGACGAUGUCGGGGGGUGCUUGAGCAGGGUGCGGAGCGGGGGGCGGGGCGGCCGGAGCGGGAGUGGAUGUAUGCUGUGCCGGGCCUGGAAGAUCCUGCACGUGGACUGCAAGGGAAAGUUGCUGCUUCUCCAACAACUCGGGACCCUGCAGUUUUGCAGCUUUGCGCUCGGCGAUGAGCUGCUGCAUGUC